CUGGCCAGGACCCUGGAGCUGCACAAAUGAGAAGAGAAUUCAGGAAACUUUGUUGUUUACACAUGUGUCUACAAGUGAGAAGCUGGAGCAGCCCUGCAAGUCCGGAGGGCCUUAAAAGAUAAAUUAAAAUUUGAUUCCAUUCAUCGAUUAAUCAAGGAAUCACAAAUCUUCUAGAUGCAGCAGUCAUCAAUUAAACCACGCUGUGAGAAGGUAGCACUUGCCUCCUCCCCCAGGGAUGCUGUUGAUUCCUGCUUUCCACAUUCUGGGCUACAAGCUCAUGCCAGCCACAGUUUCAGUGCUCACUCCUUCAACACCAACAGUUGGGAUGUCCGGGAAGAACUUCGACUGUGGGAACUUGAAGAAGUCAAGGCCAGAGCUGCUCAGAUGGAAAAGACCAUGCGAUGGUGGUCAGACUGCACUGCCAAUUGGAGAGAAAAGUGGAGCAAAGUUCGGGCUGAAAGGAACAGUGCCAGGGAGGAAGGAAGACAACUCAGAAUAAAAUUAGAGAUGACGGUGGAGGAAUUGAGCGCACUUAAAAAGAAACAAAGUCUGUUACUUCAAAAGGAGGCAUCAGAAACCAAUUUCAUCCAUGAUCUGGAGCUUCCUACUUUUGCAGACACGUCCAACAGUGAUAGAGCCCAGUUUCAAACUGCUUUACAAACGUAUGAUUCUAUUGGACAGUAUUUGGUGAAAAGACAAUUUCCUAUAGAAGAGAACACAAGUAGUAAGGAAGGUAUAGUUGUUGAUGCUUUCCAUUUAAAUGAGGAGAUGAAGACCAGUUCAGAUAUUACUGAUUUAUUCAAGUGUAUUGGUUCUGGAAACUGUGCUGUGGACCCUGGGCUCAGACUACAAGCAAUAAAUCUGCCUUCAGAGGAGAAAGGAACUAAAAUUUCAGCUUUGCAGAUCCAUUUGGUUGAGUUCCAGCAAACCUUAUGGAAAGAAAGAGAAAUACGUGCAGCUUUGGAAAAAGAAAUAAAACAAAUGGACUCAGCUUUGUCUCUGUGGAAACGGAAGUAUGAAGAACUGAAAAGAUCAAAGGAAUCAAAUGGGAAUGAGUUUGACAUUGUUCAUGGUCAACAUGCAAAGGGAAUGGAACAAAUAUCAGGAGAUAUAAAGGAAGAAUCUAUUUCUCAAAACAACAAUGAAGUCAUCUGUGAGUUAGAAUCAGAGCUAGAGAGAUUGCAAGCUGAAAAUUCUUCAGGGUGGGACAACACAGAAUUACUGGAAACAGAAAAGCAAGGACUGGAGAGAGAAAAUAGAAGACUAAAAGUCCAGUUGAAAGAAAUGGAAGAGCUCCUGGAUAAGAAACACAGAUUAAGUGCAAACUUUCAAAGUCCUGAUGUCAAAACAUCACAAGUUGAAUUGCAAGAAAAAAACAAGGUGUGGUGCUCCUGGAAGUGCCUGUUCUCUUACUGUGUGUUUCCUUCUGAUGCCUAGGUGGGUGCUGCUUUCUCUCUGGUCCACCUCCAGAUCUGCAUAUUCCCUUUGUGCUAAUAUUUGACUGCUGGCUCUUUUGUUUUUCCAUUGUAAUAAAUAAGAAUAGCGUUGUUCAUGUAUCUGAAAUAGAGUGUAAAAUUUUUGGAUGAAAAUAUGAGAAUAUGA